UUGAUGACCAGAAGGCCUCUGCUGCAAAAAGUGUAAAGAAGAAGAAAAAUAAGAAGAAGAAUAAAAGGCCGGAGAAGGCAGAUGGCAAUGACGAGAGGAUUAACCAAACAGCGAGCGGCUUAGAUGUAGCCACUGAAGAAGGUCAGAAAGUAACUUUACUAGAGGAGAAGCCUUUGCCACCUUAUGUUACAAAAGACGAUGAAGAAGCACCACACAGGUUAGCUCCUUCUUCAGGGGAUAGUGAUGACGACCAGAACACCUCUACUUUAAAAAGCGAAACGAAAAAUAGAAGCCCGGAGAAGGCAGAUGGCAAUGACGAGAGGAUUAACCGAACAGAAACCAGUUUUGAAUUCCUCAUUAUUCUUGAUGAAUUGUUGCUAGACAUCUUGAAAGCAUCCGGUGAACAGUCUAUGGAUGUCCAACGUUUGGAAAAAGAGGUUUUGGACAGGACAGGUUGCGAUUUUAGUACUUUAUAUGAGAUUAUAAAAGGAACAGAGCAAGGAUCACAUGGUGUGGAAGAUUUUAUUUUGAAAGACUCCAAUUUUUUUGAGCUAAAAGAUUCAAUGGUGCGUUCCAUCUCUCAAUUCUCCCCUCAUAGGCUAGGUGAAAAAAUAGAUCUUGACUUCUCGCGCCAACACAUCUCUUCGUGUCGCAACUUCGUUGACUGGUGCUUAUUACCAGCAAGGGAUGCUCGUUCAAUUGUUCUCGCAUAUUGUACCAUAGGGGACAAAACUUGGCCAUUUGGAGUUCUAGACCUUCUACUUUGGUUUUGUCCUCUUCUUGAGGAGGUAGAUCUCACGGGAUGCGUGUGUCUGCGCAGGUCCAAUUUUAUCAAGAGCCCGCCUCCUUGCAGAGUAAUUGAUCACGAGUGCUUAAGUCCUUCGUACCUUUUAAAUUCCGAUGAUGCUGUUGAAAAAAUUAGUGACAUGCUCAGUCACGAUCAUUUAUCAUUUUCAUUGCAUUCAAAUGGCUGGACUCUCCUUCACAGUGCAGUUCUGCUCGGAAGCCAAGAGCUAGUAAAAUCGUUCUUUGCACAUUACAAAACUAUUGGUAACGAUAACUACUUCAAAAGCGCACAUUUUAAAACUGCGCGAGAGCUUGCCAUUACUCUCCACCGCUGUGAUAUUCUAGAGCUGUUCAAAGAGAUCUCCCCAUUAGAGGACAUGUCUCCAUCACUGUUCCUCCACCUCUGUUUUUAUCCAAAACAUGGUAUGACAAAAUUUAAACACCCUUUUGAAAUCGUAACUUCGAACAAAGACGCAUUGAGAAUAACCGAGAAAUUACACGCUAUUCAGGAUUGCAAUCUGACAAGACUUUUGCAGACAUAUUUGAGGGAACUGGACAUUACCUUUAAAGAAGAAAUGUUAAAAAAGCUUAUGUGGCACCUGGAAGAAUACACGAGACCAGAUAAUUCUUAUCCAAACAAUCCCUGCUGGAAUGAUAGAGAGGUUUGUGAAGCAGUAAAGAUUUUGGUUAAAGAAACUGGAUGUUCUGUUCACGGGAAAGUAGAAGGAUUUCCAUACCUCAUGCUUUCCAUGCCAAAUGUGCAACUGGCAGAAUUUUUUAUUCAGGAAGGAGUCCGAAUUGACGAAAAAGAUCAGCUAGGUCACACAUGUCUUUUUCACGCUGUAGAAAAAGCGAUAGCAAGUAAUUUGCCUGAGAGAUGGUACAAUUUUAUCACUUUCUUGCUUAAAAACAAAGCUAACCCUAAUGAAAGAGACGACUUAAGUGAGACUCCCCUUUUGUACAGUUUGUCCUACCUACUUUCUUCAUGUAAUUUUGGUGCCCACCGCCAGCCUGAUACUCUUUAUCCGGCAUAUGGCAAUUAUUCCGGGAUUCAAGCUGUGAAAACCUGGAGUCUUCUUUUGGAGGCUAAAGCAAGACCUAACGCCAAAGACGAAAACGACAGGUCUCUUCUGCAUGUUCUCCUAUCCCUUUUAAAAACUGGCCAUUUAACGUCAUCCCAGGGGCGUGAGAUAGUUUGCAAAGGCAUUCCCAUCUUGGAAAAGUAUGAAAUGAAAAUCAAUUCCAGUGAUUCUGAAGGGAACACAGCUUUACAUAUGUGGGCAAGCCUGAUGCUCCCAUCAAUCAGUGAUGAAAUGAUUAAAAUUGGGUCCGAAAUCGUCUCCCAUGGUGGAAACGUCAAUUCAAGAAACAACAAAGGAGAUACACCUUUCCACAUGUUAAUGAAGGAAGGUUUUGUGCGAGAAGACUUGGUUGAACCAAAUUUAUGGAGCAGAAUUCUAGCCCUUGGAAUGAAUCCUUGGAUUGCAAACUGUGAUGGGGAGUGCCCAUUUGAAGUCCUUUUAGGAAACGAAUCUUUUGGAAGUGCAUUCACUUUUCUGAAGGCAAUUUUCGAAGACGAUCAAAAUCGGGACAUGGCUGAGUCUGCCAGGCGUUAUAGAAAUAUGAGUGGAGACUACCUACUUCAUACGUUAUGCAUUGUUAACAAUGAAAAUGUCCUAGAAAUCUGUGAGUAUUUGCUCGGCCAUGGAUGUGAGGUUAAUGUGCAAAACGAGUGCAGACAAACACCUCUGCAUUUGCUCUGCAACAAAGUAAGUGAAACGGACUCCUCGCUUUCCCAACAAACAAUCGAUUUCAUUCGACUUCUUGAAAGAUACAAUGCUGACAUGACUCUCUCUGAUAUUGAUGGGAAGACUUGCAAGGAUAUGCUCUCUAAAUAUCAAAGGUUAAAGAUUCCAAAAACAAUGAAAUGGAUUUCUGAGUCCAUCGUCCAUAAAGCUGUACUGUCUGAGGUGGUGCUCAGUAAGAACUCUCAAAAUGUUGAAAAUUACCACUAUCAUACGAGGCCAAUAGGAAAAGGUACAUUUUCCUGUGUGUUUCCUGCGAUCAAUAAGAUGGAUGGCCGAGAAGUAGCAUUAAAACGUCUGGAAAAAGCGAGAUUAGCAAAGACGGAAGGUAUGCUUGAGAGAGAAAUCAGCUGCCUCUUAAAAUUGUCAAGUUGCCCGAAUGUUGUUAAUUACAUCACUUGCACAAGAGACUCCAACUUUGAGUUCAUAGUUAUAGAGCUGAUGGAGGGUUCUUUAGACAACUAUCUCAGUUCCACUAAAGUAAGCAGUCAGGCCCUCACAAUCUGCUCACAGAUUGCUCUUGGUAUGAAGUUUUUGCAUGGGAGCGAUGUUCUUCAUCGGGAUCUGAAACCUCAAAACAUUUUGUAUCGAACCAAGCCAGAAUUUAUCGUAAAACUCAGCGAUUUUGGACUCAGUAAAUUCCUGCAGCAAACUAGUACUGACAGCAAAUCUGUGAUGCACUCAAAGGCGGGAACACGUUGUUGGAUGGCCCCUGAGCUCUUGGCAAAGACCCAUGAAAGGCACAGUAAAGCCACCGACAUUUACAGCUGUGGUAUUCUUUUCCACUAUGUCAUGUCGGGAAAGAAGCAUCCUUUUAGCAGCUCUGACAAGUCGCUCAAGUCAAAUCUUCACGAAAUAGAACAAAACAUUCACAGGAACAAAAUGCAUUUAUGCUCCUCUCUCUCUCCAGAGGCUUUCCACCUCAUAACGGAAAUGCUUUCAAAAGAUCCAGAAAGUCGGCCAACAGCCUCCUCCUUGCGCAAGUUUCCUUUUUUCUGGGAUGAUUGUAGGAAAGUGGAAUUUCUGAAAUCAGUAGGAGAUCUUAAAGAAUUUAAAGAGCCUCGUAUUGGUCUCCUACGUAAGUUGAGUGGAGUGGAAAGUAAUCUGGAAAAGUUUUUCUCUAAUCAUUUUCGCACAACCAUUCAUUGGUCUGAUGCGAUCAGAAAUAUUUAUGACGAUGUUAUGUUUAAAUGGCCCAAACGAGAAUACCAUACCAGAUCGGCUGUUGAACUCGUACGGUUUAUCCGAAAUGCGUACGUCCACGCUGACAAACUUAAAAAACAAACCAGAAAGGAUUUGGAGAAGUUUGUUGUCCUCGAAGUCUUUCCGUAUCUAGUUACAGACCUUUAUAAAGCAAUAAAGGGUUACAGCUCAUGGAAAAAUAGGAUAGACAUAAAACAAUUUUUUUAAAACUAAAGAUGCGGUGGAGGUUACGAGUGGAGUUUUGCACCAGCAGCAACAGUGGAGAUACCGGUGUAACACGUAAUUAGACGUACGUAAUUAUCUAAAAGGUUAAGUUAGCUUUGAGCUUGAAGCGGCCGACGUAAUACUAUAUUUAAGUUAGCUCAAACUCUCACAAAGACGAAAUUAGCGUCAUCCGAUGUGACGAUCAAUUGGAUUUCGAGGACUUGCUUCCAUAUCCAUACGACACCUCCUAUUGCGUCGUAGAUGCUUUAAUGACAAACUAAUGUAGAGUAUCAUAAGAAAAAAAGAACACUGAGAGACAUUAGCCUACUACAAGAGAUUAUAAACUGAUUAUUACUUAAAAUCUCAUGCCUGCUAUGAUGGACAUUGCCAAUAAAUUGAGGACAAUGCAGAGAACUCUGAUUGAAAACGAAAUUCUGGCAUAAAUCGUUAAAGUUUGACAGAAUACCAGGGGUAAAUGCUAUUUCGGAAAAUUUCUUUAUUACCCUCCACAACUUCAUCGUUAAAUUUUGUUUAGCGGCUCGGCCGAAACGUCAAAAGUGUCUCUGUCCUUCUCUCUCUCUCUCUCUCUCUCUCUCUCUCUCUCUUUAGAUUCAUCAGUGAGUGUUUGCUACGCGUUUUCUCUAUGCCUAUUUAAAUUAAGUAAAAGUUUUUUUUUAAAGUAUUUAACAAUUCUAGCCAAAAGAAUAUUGCUUUUUAGCUCUCUUCUAUGCAAAACCAACGUUAUUAAAGUUUAAUUGUUGUUCGCAUUUCGUCACUGAAAAGUCAGAAGGUAGCAAAUACCCAAACCUAGGUACAUCAAUCAUUUUUUUUAUAAAAUUCAAAAACUUUUCCGGAUAUCAAAGGUCUUCUAAAUGUUCUUCUUUGCCGUAAAAGCCUUCUGAGUUCUGUCGUUUUAAAAUUUUUUCUGUGAAGACCAUUUUUAGCAAAAAGUGCGCUUCUGGGUAUGUAGGUGUACAAGACUUGAAACUUUGGAACCCAAACAUUUCUAAAAAUGCGUUUUUCGCAUUAUUUCACUUUUAGUUCAUUCUAAUGCCAUGAUUUUCGCAUGCAUGGAUGACGCAUUAUUUUUUAAGAAUUUACAACGUGUUUACAAGCUAUUCCAUUCAUUUUUAUCAAUUUUACGAGCGAAAUUCUGCAUGUAGCAAAUACCCAUUUUAUGUAGCAAAUACCCACUUGUAAGUAGCAAAUACCCACUUUGCCAAAUUGAUGGGACAUUUUUACUUAUAAAACUUGAAUAAAGCGGAAUUCUGGUAAUUUGUUUGCAUAGCUAAAAGACGCCUUGUGAAAGGGAACAUGGAAAAUAAUUUAAACAUUUUUUAAAAGUGUUAUUAUUUGAAUUAAAGCAGAAAUAUCGUGACUGAGCGACAUUCAAGUUAAAAAG